GCCAGUUCAACUCUGUGAAAGGUGUGGCUACACAUUUAUUAGAGAGCUACCACUAGAAACCCGCUUACACCAAACCCCAGUACAUUUUCCUUGAAGUCCACCAUGUCUGUUUGGGAUGACCUGGAUCUCCUCCUAGACUCACCUUCCUCAUUAACAGUGACCUCUACGGCCCGAGGAACCAUUAAAGAGCGUCCUGGCUUCUCCCCAGCAGAGGAUGUCACUAACCUGAGGAAGGCCAUCGAGGGCCUGGGUACCACUGAGAAGACCCUGGUUGAUGUUCUGACCCAGAGAAGCAACGCUCAGCGUCAGCUCAUCAGUAAAGCAUACCAGGAGACUACCAAGAGGUCCCUGGUCACCGACCUGGAGGGAGAGACCCACGGAGACUUUGAGAACCUGCUGGUUGCCCUGGUAACGCCUCCUUCCACCUAUGACUGUCAUGAGGUCAUCAAGGCCAUUAAGGGUGCAGGGACCAAAGAAAGUACUUUGACAGAGAUAUUUGCAUCCAGAUCCAACGCGCAAAUCAAGGCCCUGACUGAAGCAUACUUAGCAGAAACUGGUCGAUCGCUGACUCACGACCUCCAGUCUGAGGUAGCUGGGGACUACGGCAAGACUUUGCUCAUCUUGGCUGAGGGCAAGAGAGAUGAGAGCACCACGGUGGAUGCUGCCAAGGCCAAAGCCGACGCUAAGGCGCUGUAUGAAGCAGGAGAGAAGAAGUGGGGGACAGACGAGACCAAGUUCAUUGACAUCUUGUGUCACCGGAGCGUGCCUCAGCUGAGACAGACUCUGGUGGAGUACAAGAGCAUCAGUAAGAAGACUCUACAGGAGAGCAUCGAAAGUGAGAUGUCUGGGAAUCUGGAGAAGAUUCUGGUGGCCAUCGUCAAGUGUGUGAAGAAUGUUCCCGCUUACCUGGCAGAGAGGGUCUACAAAAGCAUGAAGGGGCUGGGCACCUGUGAGGACACCCUGACCCGGAUCCUGGUGAGCCGGGCCGAGCUGGACCUGCUAGACGUCCGGGCGGAGUACAAGAAGCUGUUUGGCUGCUCUCUCUUCUCUAGUCUGGAGUCUGAGGUGUCGGGUAACUACGGCGAUGCACUGAAGAAGAUCUGUGGAGGAGAUGACUAACUCCACCCCCUCAUCUUAUUGGAUAACUAAACAUACCCUGCUCAACACAGUACUAACAUUAUUCAAUAGGAACCCAGCAUGUGAAAGUUUGAAGUUGAACCGAUGUAAUGUAAACACCGUACUGUACUCUCCCUAAGUCCAGAGCACACAGUACCACCCAAGUGUCUAACAAACGUUUAGUGACAGGGAGUUUAGUGACAGGGAGCUCAAUUUAAUUACACAUCAGUUGAGAACAUGUUAAAGUGCACAGAACGCCACUGUUGCCUAGGAACGUGGGACAGCCUGUAGAUUUCGAGCUUUAAAUGUAUCUUACAGGUUGCCCAAUACUGUGUGCUUUGGGCUUUGCUAAAUGAUCUGAAGACUGAGAAUCCCCUGUGCUAUGUCCGCUGGUACAUUUAGCCUGUGAUCAUGACAACGUAUAGCUUCACAACCUCUUGUAAGCCUACGACAGGUCUUCAUGUCAAUAAAGCUUUGAAAAAAGUGUUAUUUUCGCCGCUUCAAUAGACAUAUGUGCAUCAAUCAUAAUUGAGCGAUUUAAAUCCUUUGAUGUAAUAAAACCGGUGUCAUUUGUUAUUAA